CGCGGAGCGCGGACCAAUGGGGAGCUCGGACUCGGCGUCUAAGCCUCGUUCAAUCCAUCGCUCGAAAGGAGGCGUCGCAGAACGGCCGCUCUCAGGGCAGCUUGGGGUGGCAUCCGCAGCAGCUGCGAGCGAUGUCGGGAAUCCGUGUCCCGCGGCCCCCUCGCUAGAUAGGACGAGAUCGACGACUCUUCGCACCGCAUUCGCCGUCGCGUAGGAAACCUGACAUCGGCAGCAGGUGCGUCCGUUCUGGUGCUGGCCGCUCGUCGUCCUCACCGCUCGCAGUAGUGGCGCGUUUGCUGAUUGACUUCUCGCGGGAGUCCGGCCAGCACGUUGUGCGGGCGUCUUUCUUCCCUUCGAUCAAGCAAGCAAAAGAGGGAGCACGAAGAGGAAGUGCGAGUUUUCGAGUGCCCGAUGCUUCACAGGUAACUUUUUUUUCCUGCUCUGGUGUCUGCGCCAAGCGUGUACUCCGAACGACCGCCUAGAACCGGCGGAAAGCUGUUAAAACCUCGAAGAAUGUGCGUUGUUCCUAGCGAACGGCGAGAAGAGGUCAAGGUCAACAUUGGUAAAUAAGUUGUACGCAACGCUUGUUUGCUUGUACACUACAGUUUGUUGUCAUUGGUGAAAUUAAACGACAUUAUAUCUGGAACGCUGGAGGUACGUAAGAGAAAUUAUCUGUAAUGAGCGUUCACGUGAGAGCACUUGUAACUACUUCUCGAAGAAUUCAGCAGCAAGCCCGGUGCAUAUUUUGACAAGGCAUCCAUUUCGCUGACACGUUUAUCUGGCGCCUUCUCUGAAUCUCGGUGCUGUGUAACACAUCGAGAGCAUAAUCAGACCUCUGCGUCUCUUCAAAGACGAUUUGCUCACUGGGUCCAACAUCACAAAUGUGGUAAAAACGGUGUUGCUACUGUUCCAGCAGACAAGUCAUCUCACUCGUUUCAGAAGUCAUAGGUGUCUCGGGAUUCAGCAGCAGUGGAGGAAACUUGCUCCAUAAAAGUACACCGAUGCAAGCGUGUCAUCUCUUCACCUGAAGACAGAGCAGCUGUCGGCUUCUUUUCUGUUGCGCGCAAGUUCGCCGAUUAUGUGUCGCGGAUUCAACAUGAACACAGUGGAGAUGGUGGCGCAUAUCUGACAUCAUCCAUCUACGUCACCUUCUCUCAUUUGGGAACACAAAGUGUGUUCUUGGAAUUUCACGAAGAAGCGCCACUCUGUCACGAACAGAGGUUACAUUUUGGCUAAAGCGUGAACGAAUGUGCCAAGUACCAUCAUGAUUGGGAUGCGGACAUUGAUUAGCAACCUCGGCAUGAUGGGCAAAGUCACUAAAGCGGUGCGGCGGCUGACGCCAGGUGUCUCAUCAUGAUUGCGAUGACUAUGGAUACCCUGGCCAUUUGGUCCUCACGCAAGAAGAAAGAGAACCAGGGUAAGGGUGCAGAAAAGGCCAUCGAUGACUUGGAGAUGACCGUGGUCCGCUGCAAGCCCGAGACCAUCGGUGUCCUCUGCAAGUCCACGAAAUUCAGCAAAGAAGAAAUCAAGCGAAUCUACCAGGGAUUCAAACAGUCCUGUCCCACUGGCCUUGUGAGCGAGAACACCUUCAAAGACAUGUACUGCCAGUUUUUCCCCCUAGCAGAUACCACACAAUACGCUCACUACGUGUUCAAGGCCUUGGACAAGGAUAGGGCUGGAGCCAUUAACUUCAAGGAAUUCGUCAUGGGCUUGUCGGUGCUGUCACGCGGAUCGCCGCAAGAGAAGCUCCAGUGGGCAUUCAACCUCUACGACAUCAACAAGGAUGGUGCGGUGACUCGCGACGAAAUGUUUGAGAUAAUAUCGUCUGUGUACAGUCUGCUAGGGCACUGCGCGGCGCCACAUCCUGACGACCAGUCUGCAAGGGAGCACGCCGCAAGGGUCUUCCAGAAACUGGACCUGAAUAAUGACGGCAUCGUUACGUACGACGAAUUCAUCGAAACAUGUUUACGGGACGAAGACAUCGUUAAAUCUCUGAAUGUCCUGGACACCGUGCUGGACUGAAAGGUGCUUCCUUCAACGCCAACUACCACUGCUCACAGCUGGACAUCCCAAUGGCAGAUGGGCGUCAGCCGUUUUGCUGUCUUCACCGAGACAUCACCUGUCGCUUUCGACUGUCACAGGGCACAUCACCUGUUAUUCCUCUUCUGUCAAGAACUCUUCAAGCACUUUUUCUGAUCUGACCACCUGCAGUCCAUGUGAAAGUACCCGGGAAGACACCAAUACCCAGCACGUUCGUUUUUCCCCUACAGAGUCCCUUCUCCCGACUCAGCAAUUUUAUGACAGUCGCUCAAGCCAGUGGUUGCCAUUCUUCGUCAUGGUUGUGUUUGGUAGUUUACAUGACUCCAUUGAGCCUUCGAGAGGUCCCUUCUCUUCAGAAUGCACAAGAACACAUUGUAUCCUGGUUCAAAAGCAUACUGUAGAAUUGAGUGGUGCUCCGCAUUGGUGUUGCUGCUACAUUUACCUGUGCACCAUCUACACGACGGCGAUCUUGGGAAAGCUCUCACAGUGCCAUAUUAGCACUACCAGCGCCAUUACGAUACCCAAGCACCCAAGCACAAGAAGAGAAUAGCAUGUUCAUUUUCUCACACUAUUUAUUGUAAAAUUUAUUGUUUCGAGCAUGUCAUAUAGCACGCGUAGUCUUCUCCAUUGAAACGAGUCAGAGGCUUUCCAUUAAAUGUUGAUAAUCCUGUAAUCUUACCUAUUCUUGGUCAUCACGGCUUACAUACACAGGCCAACAUUUUAUUACGCUUUGCCAUAGUUAGGCCACUAUGUACAGAUACCAGCCUUAAUCUGCGAAGGUAUUCCUAUGCAGGCAUCGUUCGCUCUCUCAUGCAUUUUGCCGUCAAAAACUUAGUGCGAGAACCUUUAUCCAUCUGCAUUGCAAAUGUGUUAGUAGCACUAUUUAUUUAGUAAAGUGUGAUAAUUUUUGAGGAAGUUACAUGUUGCUGCUGCCAGAAACAUAAUUGGUGCAUUCGUCAGGUAUUUAAUUGCUUCACGUUUACCAGGUAACUGAAAUGUUUCGUUGAUGACCGCAAAAAAAUAGUGCCUGGACAAGCAACAAAACUGAUGUUCUUUACAUGUAUGGCUACUGCCAGACCUGACCUCGAUCUCACUAAACUAGGCAUUCCUCUCGCUCAUAGAUGAUCGAACAUCUGUUGUAUUACUAUCGUACCACGUUGCUGAUAAGCUGUUAUUAAAAUGUAAAUAAACACAUUCUUGACCCGAAUGUAUCAAUGUUUAUUCUCUCUGCCU